AUGCAGGGCCAGAUGCGGAAGCUGUUCAGCUUCGUCAGGUCCUGGGACUGGGCCGGCAAAGAUCUCCUCUACCAGGCCCUGAAGGACACCCAGCCUUACCUAACUGAUGAACUCUGGAAGAAGGGGACAGUGGAGGACACUGAGGGGCUCCUGCCCAGCUUGGCAGCUCCCCCCAAUCCACCUGGAGAAAAGAUGGCCAGGGAGGUCCGGCUGCAGCUGGCCAUGUACUUGGAUAUCAUGAGUCAGGAGGACCUGAAGGAAUUCCAGCUUCGGCUGCCUGGGAAGGAGCUGCAAGGACUCUCCUCUGGUGGGGCCCCUGCUGAACCAGAGAAGGCAGGUGGUCUGGAGGUGGCCUCCUAUCUGGUGGCUCAGUACGGGGAGCAGAAGGCCUGGGACCUGGCCCUCCUCACCUGGAAGAAGAUGGGCUUGAGUGGGCUGUGCGCCCAGGCCCAGGCAGAGGCAGAAUUCAUUGCAGCCCAGGGCUCCUCAGCCCUCUGCUCCCCAAGUGCACCCAACCUGGAAUCCCCCAGCUGGCCCACAUCCACCAACGUGCCAUGGGACUGGGACAGUGAGAGCCUGAGGACCUCUAAGAGCAUGGAGAGAAGGACUAUGAGACACCUCCCUGAGACAUCUGGACACAGCUGGAAAGAAAAUCCUUCCUCAUCCCUUUUCCAAAUUCUCCCAAGCUCCCCAGAUCACGAGUCACCAAGCCAGGAGUCACCCAAUGCCCCCAUUUCCACUGCAGUGCUCGGGGCCUGGGAACCCCUAGUUCAGCGCAGCCCAGAGCCCAGAAAGCAUGAGGUUCCUGAGACUGCAUGGCCCCUGGUGGAAACACCUGGAAAUCGCUGCACAGGACCCAGAAAAGGAUUGCGGAAACAAAGAAGAGAACGGUUCUAUUCCACACAGUCAUUGGAAAAUGAGGAUUCAGACCAAAAAUUCAUACAGCUGUUACUUCUACACACAAGUCACCCCAGAGGCCAUGAGUUUGCGGUGGUGGGGGAACCAGGGCGUUUUAUUAACAUCAUAGAUUUCUUUGGCCCGGGGCUGGGUGCCCAGGAGGAGCUUCCCACGGUCAUACUGCACGGAGAUGCUGGGGUCGGGAAGUCUACACUGGCCAGGCAGGUGAGGAGGGCCUGGGAGGAAGGCCAGCUGUACAGGGACCGCUUCCUGCACGUCUUCUACUUCAACUGCAGUCAACUCCCAGCAAAGACAAUGACUCUUGCUGAGCUCAUCACAGAAGUCGGGGCUGCCCCUGAGGCUGCCAUUGGCCAGAUCCUCUCUCAACCAGAGAAGCUGCUCUUCAUCCUCGACGGUCUGGAUGAGCUACAGUGGGUCUCAGGGGCUGAGAAGGCCGACUUGGGUCUACACUGGAGCCAACAGCGGCCAGUGCACACACUGUUGAUUUGCCUGCUGCAGAAAACCUUACUUCCCACAGUGUCCUUGCUGGUGACCGUGCGGACCACAGCCCUGCAGAAGUUCCUUCCUGCCUUAAAACAGCCCAAGUGGGUGGAGGUGCUGGGAUUCUCAGAGUCAGGCAAGAAGGAGUAUUUCUGCAAUUAUUUCACAGAUAAAGGCCAAGCACGUAGAGCCCUAAGCUUGGCUGAGUCAAACCACGCGCUCUGGGCCAUGUGUCUGGUGCCCUGGGUGUCCUGGCUGGUCUGCACGUGCCUGAGGCAGCAGAUGGAGCAGGGACAAGAGCUCUCGCUGAGGCCCCAGACCACCACGGCCCUCUGUCUACAGUACUUUUCCCAGGCUCUGCCCACUCAGCCCCUGGGGACUCAGCUGAAGGGCUUGUGCUCUCUGGCUGCUGAGGGCAUGUGGGAUAGAAAGACCCUCUUCAAGAUGGAAGACCUCAAGGAGCAUGGCAUAGAAGGCACCGUAGUCUCCACCCUCUUGCAGAUGGGUGUUCUUCAAAAGCACCGCGUGGCUGAGAGCUACAGCUUCAUUCACCUGUGCCUCCAGGAGUUCCUGGCAGCUGUGUCCUGUGUGCUGGGAGAUGAUAAGGCCAGCGAUGAUCCCAGCAGCACCAGAGGUGUGGGGAAGUUCCUAAGACUAACUAGUGGAAAUGACACCUUUGGGUCACCAACCAUGCGUUUCCUAUUUGGCCUUUUGAGUGAGCAGGGGGUGAGAGAGACAGAGAGCAUCUUCAGCAGCAGGCUGCCUGGGGGGUGGAGGCAGGAGCUGCUGCACGGGGCCCUGGCGGAGGUCCGACGUGAGACCCCCUCCCUGCGGCCACUCUCCCUGCAACUACUCCACUGCUUGUAUGAGCUUCAGGACGAGGACUUCCUCACACAAGCAAUGGCCCAUUUUCAAGUGAUGAAGAUGUUUCUUCAAACCAAAUUGGAGUUCUUGGUGUUUACUUUCUGUGUGGCAUUCUGUUGCCACGUGAAAAGGCUUCAAGUGAAUGGGACUGGACAGCACAGCCAAGCCUGGAAACCCCCUGAUGUGGCCCUGUUCACUCACUUCCCGAUCACAGAUGCCUGUUGGCAGAUUCUCUUCUCCGUUUCCGGGGUCACUGGGAGCCUAAUGGAGCUGGACCUCAGUGGAAACACCCUGAGCCCCUCUGCAGUGCAGAGUCUUUGUGAGGCCCUGAGGUGCCCCCACUGCACUCUGGAGACCCUGCGGCUCGUGCGCUGUGGCCUCACCUCCAGCAGCUGCCAGGACCUGGCCUCCGCGCUCAGCACCAGCCCCCGCCUCACAGAGCUGGAGCUGCAGCAGAACGACCUGGGCGACCUCGGGGUGAGGCUGCUCUGUGAGGGGCUCAGGCAGCCUGCCUGCCAGCUCAGGCUCCUGGGGCUGGACCAGGCCCCGCUGAGUGAGGAGGUGACAGAGAUGCUGAGGGCCCUGGAGGAGGAGAAGCCUCAGCUGCACGUCUCCAGAAGACAGAUGAUGAGCGUGAUGACCCCUGCUGAGGACCCUGGAAGAGGAGAGCUGAGUGAUCAUGUGUCCUCACUCAAGCGGAAAAGACUUGGGGUUGGUAGAAGAUCAUCCCACAUCCCCUAUCUCAACUUAGGGCUAGGGAAGACCUCGUGGAAGAUCCCAGAGCUGACUGCUGCCCUGUCUGUUUCAGAGGGGAGUGCCCCCCGUGUAAUGCAGGUGGAAACCCUCUGUCUGUCCUCUCCUGCCCCUCUACCUGACCCACACAUGGAGCCUCUGGGGUCUGAAGAUGAGUUCCAGGGCCCCUUGGGGCCUGUGGCUACAGAGAAGAUUGACAAAGAGAGGACCCUAUACCGAGCUCACUUCCCCACGGCCGGCUCCUACCACUGGCCCAACACGGGUCUCCACUUUGUGGUGAGAAGGGCAGUGACCAUCGAGAUUGAAUUCUGUGCCUGGGACCAGUUCCUGGACAGGGCUGUCCCCCAGCACAACUGGAUGGUGGCAGGGCCUCUGUUUGACAUCAAGGCCGAGCCAGGAGCCGUGGCAGCUGUGUACCUGCCUCACUUCGUGUCUCUCCAAGGAGACAUGGUGGACACAUCCCAGUUCCACGUGGCCCACUUCAAAGAGGAGGGGAUGCUGCUGGAGAAGCCGGCCAGGGUGGAGGCGUGUUACACAGUCCUAGAGAACCCCAGCUUCUCCCCCAUGGGGGUUGUACUGAGAAUGAUCCAAGCUGCCUUGCGCUUCAUUCCCAUCACCUCCACCGUGUUGCUCUACCAUCACCUCCACCUUGAGGAAGUCACCUUCCACCUCUACCUGAUCCCCAGUGACUGCUCCAUCCGCAAGGCCAUAGAUGAUGAAGAAAAGAAGUUCCAGUUCAUACGUAUACAUAAGCCGCCGCCGCUGACCCCCCUCUACGUGGGCUCCCGCUUCACCGUGUCUGGGUCAGAGGAGAUGGAGAUCAUCCCCCAGGAACUGGAGCUCUGCUACCGGAGCCCCAGGGAGAUACAGCUCUUCAGUGAGAUCUACACUGGACAGUCAGAGUCAGGGAUCCGGCUGCAAAUAAAGAACAAGAAAGACAGGACUGUGGUGUGGGAGGCCUUGGUGAAACCAGGAGACCUCAGACCUGCACCCACACUGGAUCCUCCAGCCCCGCCAGAUGCCCCGGCCUUACUACACUUUGUGGACCAGUGUCGAGAGCAGCUGGUGGCUCGAGUGACAUCAGUGGACCCCAUCCUGGACAAGCUGCAUGGGCAGGUGCUGAGUGACGAGCAGUAUGAGACCGUCAGGGCCGAGGGCACCAAGCCGAGUCAGAUGCGGAAGCUGUUCAGCUUCAGCAGGUCCUGGAACUGGGCCUGCAAAGAUCGCCUCUACCAGGCCCUGAAGGACACCCAUCCUCAUCUAAUUGGUGAACUCUGGGAGAAGGGGGACAGUGGGGGACACUGAGGGGCUCCUGCCCAGCUUGGCAGGUGACCUCUGCACACCUGCUGUGAGUCCUGGCUCUCCUGACCGCUCUUAAGUCUCAGUUUCUUCAUCUCUGAACAAGUGGCAUCUGAGUUGCCUUCUCACUGUAAAUUUAUGGGCACUGGUGACCCCUCACUGGGCAGUGAUGUCCAUGCCCAGGGGUGCCACCCAGGCAUUCAGCUGCCCCCCUGGCUUUCACAGGCAGCUGCCCACGUGGGUGACAGCACCUCAAGGAAUGGCCUGCUGGAGCUGGACCUGAGGACCUGGCAGGACGUCCCCCAGAGCCUGUAUGGGGUGGACCAUCCCUGGGCAUCCAGAGGAAGGAUGAGUAGGGGAAAUGGCACUGGCUACUUCUGCUGAGACAAUGACAAUGGACACCUUGAGGGCUUUGGUUUUUGAUAGGAACAAAAUCAGAU